CGAGCGCUUCCCUGGGAGUCGGCGCCGAGGCGACGCGGGAAGGCGCCCACCGUUGCCGCCGCCUCUACCGCCUCUGGCUGUAGGUGCCGGAGACUACAGGCCUGCCGCGGGGCAGCUCACCAGCUCAGACACCAGCUGCUGCAGCCGCCGCUGCCUCCCUUCCAGCCAGGUCCCCAUGGAAGAGAUGGAAGAAGAGUUAAAAUGCCCCGUGUGCGGCUCCUUCUACCGGGAGCCCAUCAUCCUGCCCUGCUCUCACAACCUGUGUCAGGCAUGCGCCCGCAACAUCCUGGUCCAAACCCCGGAGUCCGAGUCCCCGCAGAGCCGUCGGGCCUCGGGCUCUGGGGUCUCCGACUAUGACUAUCUGGACCUGGACAAGAUGAGCCUGUACAGCGAGGCGGACAGCGGCUACGGCUCCUACGGAGGUUUCGCCAGCGCCCCCACAACCCCGUGCCAGAAGUCCCCCAACGGUGUCCGGGUCUUUCCUCCGGCUAUGCCGCCACCGGCCACCCACCUGUCACCGGCCUUGGCCCCGGUGCCCCGUAACUCCUGCAUCACCUGUCCCCAGUGCCACCGCAGCCUCAUCCUGGACGACCGGGGCCUCCGCGGCUUUCCCAAGAACCGUGUCCUCGAAGGGGUCAUUGACCGCUACCAACAGAGCAAGGCUGCGGCCCUCAAGUGCCAGCUCUGCGAGAAGGCACCCAAAGAAGCCACCGUCAUGUGUGAACAGUGCGAUGUCUUCUACUGCGAUCCUUGUCGCCUGCGCUGUCACCCGCCCCGGGGGCCCUUAGCUAAACACCGCCUGGUGCCCCCGGCCCAGGGUCGCGUGAGUCGGCGGCUGAGCCCGCGCAAGGUCUCCACCUGCACAGACCAUGAGCUGGAGAACCACAGCAUGUACUGCGUGCAGUGUAAGAUGCCCGUGUGUUACCAGUGCCUGGAGGAAGGCAAACACUCGAGCCACGAAGUCAAGGCUCUGGGGGCCAUGUGGAAACUGCACAAGAGCCAGCUCUCCCAGGCAUUGAAUGGAUUGUCCGACAGGGCCAAAGAAGCCAAGGAGUUCCUGGUGCAGCUCCGCACCAUGGUGCAGCAGAUCCAGGAAAACAGCGUGGAGUUUGAGGCCUGCCUGGUGGCCCAGUGUGAUGCUCUCAUUGACGCCCUCAACCGCAGGAAGGCUCAGCUGCUGGCGCGGGUCAACAAGGAACAUGAGCACAAGCUGAAGGUGGUUCGGGACCAGAUCUCUCACUGCACAGUGAAACUGCGCCAGACCACUGGCCUCAUGGAGUACUGCCUGGAAGUGAUCAAGGAGAAUGAUCCUAGUGGCUUUUUGCAGAUAUCGGACGCCCUCAUAAGGCGAGUGCACCUGACCGAGGAUCAGUGGGGGAAAGGCACACUGACUCCCAGGAUGACCACGGACUUUGAUUUGAGCCUGGACAACAGUCCCCUGCUGCAGUCCAUUCACCAGCUGGACUUCGUGCAAGUGAAAGCUUCCUCUCCAGUCCCAGCAACUCCCAUCCUUCAGCUGGAGGAGUGUUGCACCCACAACAACAGUGCGACGCUGUCCUGGAAGCAGCCCCCUCUGUCCACAGUGGCCGCCGAAGGAUACAUUCUGGAGCUGGAUGAUGGAAGUGGUGGUCAGUUCCGGGAAGUGUAUGUUGGAAAAGAGACAAUGUGCACAGUGGACGGCCUUCACUUCAACAGCACAUAUAAUGCUCGAGUCAAGGCCUUCAACAAAACAGGAGUCAGCCCAUACAGCAAGACACUGGUUCUCCAGACGUCUGAGGACACAGACUCAGAAGAACAGACCCUCCCUUUUCCAGUGCCUUCGGAAAGAUUGCCGCUCCGUAGAAUGAGUCCUUUCUCCUCCACCCUUAAUCUACAACCCAGCUUCCCGGGGAGAUCCUACUUUGAUUUCCGAUCCUCACCCCACCAGCUGAGCUUGCAUUCUUCCUUGCAGUCUCUCAAUGCACCCGGAUGCAAUUUUGAGACACAGUCUGCAUCUUACUCUCAAUUAGUUGACAUUAAAAAGCUGUUGGCAGUGGCCUGGUUUGCUUUCGACCCUGGCUCGGCGCAUUCGGAUAUCAUCUUCUCCAAUGACAACCUAACAGUGACUUGCAGUAGCUACGACGACCGGGUGGUGCUGGGGAAGACUGGUUUCUCCAAGGGCGUGCACUACUGGGAGCUAACCAUCGAUCGCUAUGACAACCACCCAGAUCCUGCCUUUGGCGUGGCCCGCAUCGAUGUGAUGAAGGAUGUGAUGUUAGGAAAGGACGACAAAGCUUGGGCAAUGUAUGUGGACAAUAACCGGAGCUGGUUCAUGCACAACAACUCGCACACUAACAGAACUGAGGGAGGGAUCACAAAAGGGGCCACCAUUGGGGUCCUCCUCGACUUACAUAGAAAGACCCUGACAUUCUUUAUCAACAAUGAACAGCAAGGUCCUAUAGCGUUUGAGAACGUGGAGGGCUUGUUCUUCCCUGCUGUCAGUCUGAACAGGAAUGUGCAGGUCACACUUCACACUGGGCUCCCGGUCCCGGACUUCUACUCCAGCAGAGCAUCCAUAGCCUAAGGCUGUGCUGUGGAGGCACCAGCUGCCUGGGAGAGUGCCAGACAGAAAGAAGUCCAGCAGUGGUGGUGGCCAGGAGUCAGAGAUGGGAGAAGAAGGAGAACAGCUGGUCCUCAGCCAUCUUCGCCCCUGUAGCUCGACCCUUUCCCGCCAGCCCCUCCAUGCCACCACACCCGAGCACCCUUCCUCGUCCAGCCAUCCUACCCCACAAAUGACUUAGGCAGCCCACCAUGACACUUGGUUUCCAUGCCCACACGUUGCUUUUCUUUCACUUAAUUUUUUAUGUAGGUGAGUUCGUUUUGUUUCCUUCCUGAUAGUGUUUUUGGUGAUUUACAAAACUGGCACUGCCAAGAGAAAUUCUCCUCAGAAAUUUUUUCUUAAGCUUUUGUACAAAAAGCUUGUGGGGGGAGGUGGGGAAGAACAGGCUGAAUUUGCCAUUUGCAGUUGAAUUCCUAGAAUGUUCGUGCCCUGAUACCUCUCCUGCAGUGUUAGCUCCUGGGAAGUGGACAAUGUGCAUUUGGCACUGAGAAGUCUCACUACCCAUCGAAGCACAAAUGUGUCAGCUACACGGGUCACAGAAGGGCAGAGCCAUUAGAGUAGACUCUACACAGAGACAGACCAGGGACUUGAUGGUUUGAUUCAUUUAGUUAAUGCAAAUUUCUAAACUAGGAACUACCAUGGACCAGGCACUGUUCCAGACACUAGAACACCAUGUUCUAGACACUGUGGAAACACCAGGCGAAAGGUGAACAGCCUGUGCCCUCUUGAAACUUAGGCUCUAGUAAGAGAACAAAGCAAAGCUUAAGUAAUUUCAAAUUAUUCUAAGAACCACAAAGGAAACAGUCAAGGAUCAAAGAAAGUCAUUGGCAAGGUCUUUCAGGUUCCUUAGACGAUGUUGAAAACCCAUACAUUCCAGCUACCACACCAGAAAUGUUCCAAGCAAAUGCCUUUUCCACUGCACAUUUUAACUAUGGUUCUUGCUGCCACUCAUUACCCAGCCCUUCUUUGGCAGAAAUGAUGUCAGCAUUCUUACUCAUUAAUGCUGCAGUCAUACCAAGCCUUAAAAAAUGAAUGUUAAAAAAAAAAAAAAAAAGCAACCAGAGGGCACAGGACCCAGUCGCAGUAAUGGGAAUCCUAAGUUGCAGUCCACAGCAUUCACAUUCUCAGGACAAACACACUGUCUCCAUGUGUGCUAUCUGUGCCUGUCACAAAGGAAAAGAAAAACCCAUCCAUGCAAGGCCAGUCACAGCCUGACUUCCUAAAAAACAGGUUCAAAUCAACUUUGUAAAAGCAUGAGCUCAUAUGUUACAAAUGAGGACAGAAUAAUAAUGCUUAUUAUUUCUAAAGAGUGACAUUUACCCUUCAGUCUUUUGCUUGACAUGAAGUUGUAGAAAAUAUAGGAACUGCAAUAAAGAAAGUUCUGAUUAGUUGUCUAAAUUUUUUUCCAUUGAGCAGGAAUUCACUCUGAAAGAGAAAACAAUAACAAUAGAACAAUAUAAAGGAAGAGGUGAGAUGGGAAAGGUAACAGUGUUUUGGCAAAAAGUAACAUGUAAAUAGCUAAUUCUUCAUUCUUGUGUUUCCUUCAUUUAGACGAUUUGUGUCUGUUAUGAUGUUUUCUUUUUUCUAGUUAGAACCUAAUUUAUUGAAUGGGUGCUAUCCUGUUGAUGUUUGUCUUGGGUUUCCAUGGCUACAGAGCACUGUUGCAGGACAACACUAGUUUGAUAUUUGAUUUAUCCUCCAAUGAGACUCGAUGGCUGGGCCGCUGUAGACUCAUACUUACUCUUGUUCUGUGUUGAUUCCAUCCUGCUAAUUAGGUUUCUAGUGACUUGUAACACAUAGUUUACACUGAAUUGCAAUUAAAGGUAGAUAUAACUACUGUACUAGAAAAAGUUGUCAUUUCUGGUGUGCCAAUAAAUGAUUUUUAUGUGAGAAGAAAA